ACUGUCAUGCGUGUAAUUUAUUUACCUCCUGCCAUGCAUACAAAAUUUCCAAUUUCAAUUUCGUCUACGCAGUUUUCGGAAAAUUUGUUCAUUAUUUCGUAAUUUCUUGUAAUCAAUAUCAAAUUGUGUUUAAAAAGAUAGUGCUAGUGGUGAGUUAAGAAACCAGUGUAUCACAAUGACUUUUACCGAUCGUGAAAAAACUAUUGCCACAACGGCAAUCGUUGCGGCCGUCGGAGCCGGAGCUCUGUUCCUGUUCUCCAACCGGCGGAAGUUGGUUCGUCGUUUUACCGAUCCGCUGUACAACCAGUCGGUCCGGAUCGUCACCAAUCCGGAAGAUUGCCAGAAGGUGAUUGGGCUACUGCGGGAUCACUGCCGAGAGUUUCGGGUACUUGGGUUCGACUGCGAGUGGGUUAAUGAGCAAGGCAAACGACAUCCGGUGGCAUUGCUCCAGUUGGCCACCCAUCGGGGCCUCUGCGCGCUGAUCAGGCUGUGCGAAAUGAAACGGAUCCCACCGGAAUUGGGGGAACUGCUGAACGAUCCGGCCAUCGUUAAGGUGGGUGUUGGUCCUCUUGAGGAUGCCAAGCUGCUGAGGCACGAUUACAACCUGAAGGUGGAAAGUACCCUGGAUUUGCGCCAUUUGGCGGAUCGGUGCGGAGUUCCGGGGCCGUACGGGAUGGCGAAGCUGGCCGAGAAGACCCUGGGGGUCAAGCUGGACAAACACUGGCGCAUCAGGGCAAGCAAUUGGGAGAAUGCCCAGCUGACGGAACGUCAGAUUCAGUACGCGGCCAGUGAUGCGCAUGUGGCGGUUGAACUGUUCCGGACGUUUGCCAAGAAAGCGGUUCCACGUUCGCUGUUUAGCAGCCAGAAGUCCUGGCUCACGAAAACUAUCAACGAGUUGGAAUGUUUCUUCGAUCAGCGCUUCCACGAUCGGUUCACCAGCAGCAGCGAUCCGAACCGGGGUAAAAAGAAGCUUCUCUCUGUUUCGAAGAGGGCCACUAUCGAAACCAAACGUGCGAUGGCGACCCGUGCCAAACCGUUGUACGACAACUGUCUGAUGCAGGCCCCGGACGGUGAGCUUCUGUGCACGUGCGAUCGCAAGAAGGCCGAAUGGUACGUCAUCAAGGAGCUGGCGGAAAUCGUGACCGACCAGCCGACCUACACCAUCCGGCUGAAGUUCGAACCGAAAGGUCGCGCCGUUGGUGACGUGGGCAAGUACUACCAGAUGGCCAAGGAGAACAAGUGCGUCGUGUGCGGCGCGAAGGAUUCCUACAUCCGCAAGAAUGUGGUACCGCGGGACUACCGGAGGCACUUUCCUUUGGUGAUGAAGGAGCACAUCUCGCAUGAUGUCCUACUACUUUGCGCACCCUGCCACCGCACCAGCAACAUGCACGACGAGAAUAUGCGCCUGAGCUUGUCCUCACGCUGUUCCGCUCCAUUCAGCACGCAGGACAAUCCGAAACAGAUUUGCGUGGAAGACAUGUCGGAUCUGAGAAAAGCCGCCCGCGCUCUGGUAUACUGUGCAGGUAAGAUUCCAGAGGAACGUCAGAAGGCCAUACGGAAAAAGAUACAAAAACUGUUGUCCCCGGGAACCGAACUGACCGCUGAGCUGUUGGAACACUACGCCAAUAUCAAUGUGGCCAUUCCGAAUGAAAAUUACUGCGCGCAUGGGGAGAAGGUGGUUGAUCAUUUUAAACAGACUCCCGGGGGGCUGAGCGAGUUGGAGAAGAUGUGGCGAGAGCACUUCCUGCAGACCAUGAAACCCAAGUAUCUUCCGGACUUGUGGUCCGUUGAGCACAACUACAAGAGAUUGGAAAUUCGUGCCGACGAAGGUCGCGUUAACGAUGAGGAUUUGAUCAUCGCUGGAGUGCCUUUGCCAUCACACAGAAAUUCAUCAGCGGAGAACACCAGCAGUGAAUCUACCAGCUCCAAAACCAAAAGCAAUGGUUACAGUGGCGAAACGUACAGUUAUAGCUAUAGCUACAGUCAGGAAUUCUCCAUAUCUUCGGUGUCCAAUAAUGGUAAUGACAGCACUACCAGAGACGCCCCGUCCUACCGGGACGAAGAAGUAGUUGAUACCGAAAAGACUGCUUUCUACUCCGAUCGCGAAGAAUCAGAAACGAUGUUCGGCUCAAUUGACGGAUCAUCCGCUGCCAGUUCAACCACUGUCGGUAAAACCUUCCAAACGGUCCAAACUGCCACACUCACCAAUGGUAACGAGAAUGAUCAACCAUCUACGUCUACGUCGAAUGGCGAGGACAACGACGAGGACGAAAGCGAAUUGACCACGGGCCAAGAGUUUGCUUCCAUCGAAACGCAUAGCUACGAUUCGGACGAUUCGGAUUCGACCCUCUCGCAACCGUCGAUGACGCUGCUCAACUCGACGGACGACUGGGAUGCCGAAGCCAACGAACCGAGCGUCAAUGGGAGCGUUCUGCUGGGGGCGCCCCCGUCUGAUGUCCGGCCAGGUAAGUUCGAUCAACGCAGGAUGUGAAAUGUUGGACGCAUAUAUAGAGUUUGACUUGAAUAAGAGUUAGCAGAGUUUUUUUUCAAGCAGUUGUUUUAAUCUAGUUAUAGUGAGAAAAGUAAGUUCUAAUCGAAUGCGUUUAUUACGGCUUCA